GCCCUUAUAAGGAUAUCACCAGGCGAUCGAUUGGGUCUUCUUUUUUGCAGGCAAAAAUAAAGGGAUAAUGGCUUUCAAACAGCGUCACUCAAAAUUCAAACAUGUCAAGGGGGAACCGUUCAAGAAGGACAACUGCUAUGAUAACGUCAAGAUAUCCAAGAGCCCUUGGGACUCCAACAAGUCCGACGUCAAUGGGAAGUUUUUAGCUGUUGUGCUCGAGAGCCAGGGAGGUGGUGCUUUUACAGUUUUGCCUCUUAGUCAGACUGGGCGAGUGGACAUCAAUCAUCCAAAGAUUUCUGGCCAUAAGAGUCCAAUUUUAGAUUUAGCUUUUAAUCCUUUCAAUGAAAAUGAGAUUGCCAGUGCCAGUGAAGACUGUACGGUGAAGAUUUGGGAGAUACCGGAUGGAGGCCUUACAAGCAGCAUCAAUGAAUGCAAAAAGGAUUUAGAAGGACAUCAGCGCAAAGUUGGAGCUCUUGCUUGGCAUCCAACGGCUGAAAAUGUCCUAGCUUCAGGCGGAGCAGAUGGUGUUAUUUUUAUAUGGAAUACAGAAACUGGAGAGCCUAUGUUUGUGCUUGAUGACAUGCAUCCUGACCUCAUUUAUUGUAUUGCUUGGAAUUAUAACGGCUCACUCCUUGCUUCAUCUUGUAAAGAUAAGAAUGUCCGAGUGAUAGAUCCAAGGAAAGGAACCGUUAUAAGUGAAGGUCAAUGUCAUGCAGGAGCAAAGCCAACUCGUGUUACCUUUUGCGGUACUUAUAAUUUUGUUGCAACUUGUGGCUUUAGCAGGAGCAAUGAGAGACAGUUUGGAAUCUAUAGACAGGAGAAUCUCUCUUCUUCUCUUGCUACUGAAACCCUUGACAAUGGCAGCGGAACCAUAUUCUCCUUUUUUGAUGAAGACACAAAAAUGGUCUACUUCAUAGGAAAGGGUGAUGGACAGAUGCGUUACUACGAGAUACUUGAUGAGUCCCCAUAUGUACAGCAAUUGAGCAUGUAUCAACAUUCAUUACCACAGAUUGGUGUUUGUUCAAUGCCCAAGCGCUUUCUUGAUCACAAGGCCUGUGAGGUGAUGCGUUUUUUCAAACUUCACAAUAAGGGAAUGGUGGAGCCUAUUCAAAUGAUUGUCCCAAGAAAGUCUGGGAUGUUUCAGGAAGACAUAUUCCCACCGUGUUAUGCUGGGUCUCCAGCAAUGAGUGCUGAUGAGUGGCAGUCUGGAACUAACAAGCCACCAGUUCUGGUCACUAUUACUAAAGAUGGCCUGGGAGGUGAGACUUCUGGAAAGAAAAUUGCUUCGGUGAGUGCCUCUGGUAAAUUGAGCAAGCAGUCAUCUCACUCUUCAACCUCUAGUGGGCGUGGUCGCACUCCAGAGAGGGAGUCCUCUCCUUCACCUGCUGUCAUCACUGGAACUGCCGAAGCUGACGAAGAGAACAGAAGAUUGCGCUCCAAAGUUCAUGAUCUUGAGAGCGAGAACAAAGAAUUAAGAGCAAAACUGAGGGAGAAGGAAGAAUCUCUGAGUCAAAUCAAGAAGAUUCUUCAAUAAUGAGGAGGAAAGUCUCCUCCCUUCCUCUUACCUUCAUCAGUUUUGAAAUGUCAUAGUGAACUUUUAUUAUUGUUAUUAUUAUUAUUAUUGUUGUUAUUAUUAUAGCUGCAAGGAACCUUUUAGAGGUUUUAUUGAAUUGGUGCAUGCUGAUGUGCUAUCGGCAUCACUUCUUAGUUUUGUAUUGUAUUUCAUUGUAAUUUAGGAUGGCCAUCUUAAACAUGA